AUGUCGGGAGGGGAAGAAGAAGACGAUCCCUGCGGGGGCCGCGGGGACGCCGACUGCCCCGUGCGGGCGGCCAUCGACUGCCUCUGCCGGGACCUCAACCUGGACGCCGGCAGCGCCGACGAGGCCCUGCGGGACUUCACCGCGCUGCGCGGCACCUACAGCCUGGAGGGGGAAAUUAUACAUUGGCUGGCAUGUGCUCUGUAUGUUGCUUGCCGUAAGAGUAUAAUUCCCACUGUAGGAAGUGGCCUAAUGGAAGGAAAUUGUGUCUCAUUGACAAGGAUACUGCGUUCAGCAAAACUAAGUUUGAUUCAGUUUUUUAGUAAAAUGAAAAAAUGGAUGGACAUGUCAAACCUGUCCCAGGAAUUUCGAGUGAGAGUGGAGAGGCUGGAGAGAAACUUUGAGGUGUCCACAGUGAUUUUCAAGAAAUUCAAACCUAUUUUUUUGGAUAUAUUUCAAAAUCCUUAUGAAGAACAACCAAAGCUGCAGAGAAGCAGGAAACAAAGACGAGUGCCUUGCAGCAUUAAAGAUCUGUUCAACUUCUGCUGGACACUAUUCGUUUACACAAAGGGUAAUUUCAGUAUGAUUGGAGAUGAUUUAGUGAACUGCUACCACUUGCUUCUGAGCUGCUUGGACCUAAUUUUUGCAAAUGUGCUUCUGUGCCCAAAUAAAAAAGAUUUAUUGAAUCUGUCUUUUAAAGGUUUGCCAGCAAACUUCCAAGCAGCUGACUACUGGGCCUCUGAAGAACCUCCAUGCAUUAUUGCCACACUCUGUGAAUUAUAUCAUGGCCUUUCAGUUGAAGCCAAGGGCAUAAAGGAACAUUAUUUUAAACCAUAUAUUUCAAAACUCUAUGAUAAAAAGAUUUUAAAAGGUGAUUGUAUCUUGGAUCUUAACAACUUUGUAGAUAACAACAAAGCACUGAAUAAGGAAUAUGAAGAAUAUGUUCUGACAGUAGGUGAUUUUGAUGAGAGGGUUUUCUUGGGAGCAGAUGCAGAAGAAGAAAUUGGGACUCCUCAAAAGUUCCAUACAGACAUGUCAGGGGGGAAGAUUACAACAAGAAUUCUUGUGGAAGGUCACCUUCAACAGCAUUUUGAGAAGGAAAGAUCUUUUGCACCUUCAACUCCCUUGACUGGCAGAAGAUAUCUGAGAGAGAAGGAAGCAGUAAUUACUCCAGUUGCUUCUGCAACACAAAGUGUAAGCCGGCUACAAAGCAUUGUAGCAGGGCUGAAAAAUGCACCAAGCGAACAGCUUCUAGCUACUUUUGAAUCUUGUGUACGCAACCCAGUAGAGAACAUCACAAACAGAGUAAAAGAGAUAGGAGAAGCUUUCUGUCAGAGCUACACUCAAUCAACUGAUGACCAGCCAGGAUCACACAUAGAUUUUGCUGUAAACCGAUUCAAAUUGGCAGAAAUUCUCUAUUAUAAAAUUUUGGAGACCAUAAUGAUACAGGAAAUGCGAAGGCCGCAUGGGAAAGACAUGACUGCUCUUUUAGAGCAAGAUAUUUUCCAUCGUUCUCUGCUGGCAUGUUGUUUGGAGAUUGUGCUGUUUGCAUAUAGUUCACCGCGAACUUUCCCAUGGAUCAUUGAAGUUCUUAACCUCAGACCUUUUUAUUUUUAUAAGGUGAUUGAAGUCUUCAUUCGGUCAGAAGAAGGCCUCUCUAGAGAUAUGGUGAAACAUCUCAACAGCAUUGAGGAACAGAUUCUUGAAAGCUUAGCCUGGACAAAAGAUUCUGCGCUGUGGGAUGCUCUUCAAGCAUCAGAAAACAAGGUUCCCACCUGUGAAGAAGUAACAUUCCCAUGUAAUUUUGAAACAGGAAAUGGGGGAAGAGGACUAGGACAUCUGCCUAUGAUGCCAGUGUCUCCUAUAGUGCAUCCUCGAGUAAAAGAAGUUCGGACAGAUCUUGGGGGAAAUCUUAGGCGAGAUACGCAGCCGUUUUCUCCAAUCUCUGUUCACGAACGCUACAGUUCUCCUGUGGCAGGAAGUGCUAAGAGAAGGUUGUUUGGAGAUGAAGGCCCCAAAGAAGCACCCACAGAAAAGAAUCUGAGUGAAGGAAGUAGGCUAAAAAUAGCCUCAGUGUCAAGCUUUGCUGAUGAAAAUGUGCCUGUUUUGCCGGAACAGACGGUUCUCACUAUGGCAACAGCUGCAGUACCAGGGACAACAGGGCAGACAAUGACAAUCCCACUCCAUAGUAUUGCAAAUAAUACUGGAGGGAUCACUUUGAUACCCAUUUCAGUCAACUUGCCUCAAGAAUCUAAAGGGGAUGGCCAUGGACAAGUGCCCCUCACUGCUCAAGCCUUAGUCAGCGUGUCCCCUAGUCAUCCCCAUGUGACAAAAGCACAAGAUGUGUAUCAACCAGCAGGAAGCAAGCCAAAGAAAACUGGAUCUGUGGCACUGUUUUUCAGAAAGGUAUAUCAUCUGGCAAGCGUACGCUUGCGUGAUUUAUGCUUGAGACUGGAUGUUUCCAAUGAUUUGCGGAGGAAAAUGUGGACAUGUUUUGAAUUCACAUUAGUUAAUUGCACAGAUCUAAUGAAAGAGAGGCACUUGGAUCAGCUCCUUCUCUGUGCUUUUUACAUCAUGGCAAAAGUGUCCACAGAGGAAAGAACUUUUCAGGACAUAAUCGAAAGCUAUAGAAACCAGCCACAAGCAAACAGCCAAGUCUAUAGAAGUGUUUUGUUGAAAAAAGUACCCAUAGAGGUAGAUAUAAAAGAAGAGGUUUCAGAAGAAGACUCCCCUCAGAAGAUGAAUUAUUCACCUGUAAAGACAACAUCAGAAAAUUUCAGCAACUUGGAAAAUGAGGAAAGAGGGCAUCUGGUAAAAUUUUACAACACCAUCUAUGUAAGAAGAGUGCAAACAUUUGCAUUAAAAUAUGGGAUUUCCAACCAGGAUCAUGUGGUGGAAGCACCUCCUCUUUCUCCCUUUCCUAAAAUUAAACAGCAGCCAGCAUCUCCUCGACGGAUAUCCCAGCAACACUCUGUUUAUGUCUCACCACAUAAGAAUGGUGCUUCUUUGACACCUAAGACUGGACUGCUGUAUAAAUUUAAUGGGAGUCCUUCUAAGAGUUUGAAGGAAAUCAACAAUAUGAUAAAAGAAGGAGGACAAAAAACUAAGAAGAGAACAAUAUCAAUUGAUAGUGAUACAGACUCGCCAGCUAAGAGACUGUGCCAGGAAAAUGAUGAUGUUUUACUUAAACGCCUUCAGGAUGUUGUCAGUGAAAGAGCAAAUCAUUAGGGCAGCUGUU